UCUCAAAUCAAACCCAGCAGUGUUGUGGUGUCUGGAUAAAAUUAAGGCCAUACACGACAAGCGUCUAUUUGAUCAUCGAGGUUCAAGCGAAGUGAACGAAACAGACGAAGCAGGACCAAACAUUGUAAGAUGAAAUCGAUGAAGAACAACAAUCACCACAAACAUCGCCGACCAUUACAACUACCACUGCUACUACUACUGCUGCUAUUGCUACCACUGAGCGAAUCUGCACAAAGGGCGCGGCGAGGCUGGUGGGCCAGAGGGGGUCUGCCUGUGGUGGUGGAAGGAGAGGAGCCGCCCGAAGGAGAAGUGGAGGACAUGAUCGCGUCCACUUUGCGCCGUCAGUUGCCAGGUUGUCAUAAAGUAAUAGUCUCAGACAGGCACCCAGUGAGGAACGAAAUGAAAGCUCUAGGGGAAGAGGUGUUUGUGUGGGAGAUGCAGCCCCUUCUCGCCUCCUUGCCUCCUUCUCGCCCCCUGGUAAGAACCACACAUCGCCAGGGUGGCGCCGCCCCUCUUUGUGUCGCCUUCGUCAUUCUCGCCCCGCUGCAGGUGGUGGCGGCGGCCAUGGAGGGGCUACAGAGGGAAGAGUGGUUCCAAGGCGCACGGAAGCUGGUGUUCGCCUACACUGGUUUUGCCAACACGUCCCUGGAAGCAGCGGUGGAACGACAUGCCACUCUGCGUUCACCUCAGCUCCACGUGGCCACCAGUGAUUUCUUUCCCUCAGAGAUCGGCUGGGCAAUGACGCCAGGUUGCCCUUUCAGGGAUAAAUUUAAUCACCAGAUCCGGCGGCUGCUGGAGGCUGGCCUGCUGACCCGGUGGCUGAACCAACUCAUCCAUGACCCGGGGCGGCGCGAGGCCCAGGAGUCAGAGGAGCCUCAGCAGGCGGAGAGGUUCCAGCAGCCCCUCAUUCUGGACCAUGAGCAGGGCGCCUACUACGUGCUCUUCAUCGGCUAUGCUCUGUCUGGCCCUCUCUUCUUGCUAGAGCUAGUCUGCUUCUCUCGGUACCAUCUCUCCUAACCAAGCACAGCCUUCUGUCUUGCAACCUCCUAAUGUUACUACUUCUAUCACUACUUCUAUUGGUGACAUCUACAACUAAAUUAUGUGUGUGUAAUGCUAAUGUAUCAUAAAAAUUAAUAUCAUG